AUGGUCGCUUCGUUCAAACGCGCAAAAUCGGCAUUUCCCGUUCGUCUUCUUUACAAACACAGUUGGGUGGUUGUACGAACUAUUGACUUCCUCGACUAUGCCAUUUUCGAACAUCUCUUGUACCCGUUCAUGACCCCUGCCGUAGAUGGAGCGGUUGCUGAUGGGAGUCGUUUGAGCAAUCUAGUGGUAUUCCAGCCCUCAUGCUUCCUUCUGGUGAAAUGGCAGUUAGGCACCGAAAGGUUGCUACAGCUGAACGAGUUUUAUGAUGAGAUUGAUGACAGUGAUAAGUUAGGCUUGUGGUUCUCCGUUCUACUCUUGUUGUAUUCUGAGAGAAAACGGUCUUUGUUCAACUACAACAUUCUUUUGAUGCCUAGCUGCUGUUUUGCCCGAAGGAAGCAUGAGGGGUGGGAUACUGCCACGUUGCCAAAGCAUAGACAGAAGCAGUCGAGGUUCCUGAGUUGUGUUCAAACCACGUCUUCUCUUCCAAGCACAGUCGGAAAGUCGUUCAGCUGUAGCACCCAAGCUGCCAAGCCACAUGAGGGAGGCACGAGGGCUGAGAUACUGUCAGGUCGCCCAAGCCUAGACAGGGGAAGUCGAGAGGCAGAGAUUCUUUGGGCUUUCUCAAUCUACCUGGAAUCUGUGGCUAUCAUGCCUCAACUGUUCAUGAUCAGCAAAACCGGUGAAGCUGAGACAAUAACCUCUCACUAUCUCUUUGCUCUUGGUGCCUACCGGGCGCUAUAUCUUCUCAACUGGGCUUAUCGAUACGUCGUCGAGUCGCAUUUAGACCACAUCGCGCUGAUCGCAGGAAUCGUCCAAACGCUGCUCUACUGUGAUUUCUUCUACCUCUACAUCACAAAAGGGGCUUUUGAUCUGCUACUGAUCAGCCAUCAGUUAAUUCUUUGGGCUUUCUCAAUCUACCUGGAAUCUGUGGCUAUCAUGCCUCAACUGUUCAUGAUCAGCAAAACCGGUGAAGCUGAGACAAUAACCUCUCACUAUCUCUUUGCUCUUGGUGCCUACCGGGCGCUAUAUCUUCUCAACUGGGCUUAUCGAUACGUCGUCGAGUCGCAUUUAGACCACAUCGCGCUGAUCGCAGGAAUCGUCCAAACGCUGCUCUACUGUGAUUUCUUCUACCUCUACAUCACAAAAGGUGGACUAGGUUCGGGGGCGAGACGGCCCAAGUGGUUAGAGCGCAAAUUUACUGACAGUGAAGUCCGUGGUUCGAACCCGACCUCUGCCUCUCGACUUCCUCUGUCUAGGCCCGGGCAACCUGGCAGUAUCCCAGCCCUCGUGCAACCUUCGGGCGACAUGACAUUUAGGCACCGAAAGGGUGCUACAGCCGAACGAUUUUCUUAA